CUCGAGAUCGACUUUUCGGCAUGGUUCGAGCCGUACGUGCGGCGGUGGCUCGCCGGGACCGACACGCAGACGAGCGAGUGGGUCAACCGGGCCAUCAGCAAGGACAAGGUGCGUCCCUCUCUCCACCUCGUCACCGUUUUUGAGCCGAUCCUGACGUCGUCGCCCUCGCAGUUCGAGCCCGAGGAGACGGCGACGCACUCGUCGUCCAUCGUCGACCUCAUCGACUCGUGCAAGGCGCCUGUCGAGUUCAUCCUCAACCUCAAGUGGCCCAACGAGUACGAGAACGCCAAGUUCCUGACCGGCCUGUCGAGGACCAUCGCCAAGUCGAUCGAGCAGUACGCCAACCAGCUCGAGGCCAUGUUCGUCGAGGAGAUGUUCCCGCGCAAGGCCAACGAGCCGCCGACCCAGGACGUCGCACGUCCCUCGGCGUGGCUCACCAAGGCCAAGAUGGUCGUCCAGGGCGACAAGAAGAUCGAGCCUUUCGUCUUUCAGCCUGCUAGCUGCAUCAAGCUCAACAACAUCCAGGCGGCGCGCCAGCUGCUCGAC